AUGCGGCUCGAGUAGCGCGGUGGGGCCUUGCCCGCCGCCCGUCCGGCCAAUUGGGGCUCGUCUAGCCUAUGAUGUCAUCGGAGGAGGAGGCGGACUCACACGCGCCCUACUCGGAUAAGCUCCUAAAGAAACAGAAACGCGUCAGACAGCGCGUGGACGCCGGUGAGCCACGCAAUUCUUAUUCAACUCUCGCGACGAACGGACCCGCGCCCGCGCGCGCCGCACACAUGAGUGGGGGACUUUACGGCGCCAUCUUCGAGGGUCGCCAACACUUCGGCCUCUUCGGUCCUUGCUACGCGCCCGCAGAAAUGCUCAACGAACUGUUGGGCCGCGCACCCAAGCAGGAGGACAACAGCGAUGAGGCGAGCGGUGGCGACAUGCUUCGCGAUCGCGUACUCAGAGACAUUCUACAGAGCCGCAAGAAGGAACUCAUGCGACUUUCCCCGGACAAUAAUAACGUACUUGCCAAUAAUAACAAUGAUGAACCCAAGGAGGAGAAGCAUUCGCCCGAACGGCCGAUAUCUCGCGACUCGCGCCCGGAUCUUGACGACGCUCUCUUGACACUCGAUAGCGCUUGUGAUUCACGCACUUCACCACCGCCUGCACCUCCACCUUCAGAACAGCUCCUUGCACCCAAGUCGGAACCUGAGGACCGCGAUAGUGACGCACAAAGGUCCUCCCCACGACCUCAGGAUGUGAAACGUGCUCGUGUAGAAAAUAUAGUGUCAACGAUGCGUUCUAGUCCUGCACCGCAACAACCUCAAGUGAAUGGCUGCAAGAAACGGAAAUUGUAUCACCCGCAACAACACGACGGUGCGGCAGAGAGAUACGGUGCCAGCCACGGCAGCAGUGCUCAAACAGUGUCGGAUGAUUCUGAAGAUGAUGGUGAGCGACCUCCAAUUCAACAAAAAUUAGUAGAAAAAAAUGCUUUAAAAUCCCAAUUAAGAACUAUGCAAGAACAGUUAGCUGAGAUGCAAGAAAAAUAUUUGCAACUUUGUAAUCGCAUGGGUCAAGAAUCUGAAACUAUCGAUAACGACGGUGCUUCUAGUGAUGUAGAACAAACUGAUGAUACGGUUCCAAAGUCUGAACCGGCAUCGCCUGUUAAGGAGGUCCCACCACCGAUACCUAACACGGCGGCACCGAACAUGCUUUCACAAGUGAUGAGUAAGAUGAUAUCUGCGAAAAUACAAGCUCAUAAUGCCGCCCAUCCACAUUUACCACCAGGCUUUAACGGUACUCUUCCAAUGAUACCGCAUCUACCACACGCUGAUCACAUGCAUCCACAACAUACGCAUCAGCAUCUUAACAACGCAGCCGCUAUGUACCUCAAUGUAAGCCAGAAGUUAUUCUUAGAACAGGAAGCACGCAUGAAAGAAGCGAGUGAACAUCAACAAAACAAUCAACAACAGAGGCCACAAUCCAAUCAACAUUCACCUCAGCAACGACAAAUGGGCCAAACACCUAAAGCGCCCUUACCAUCAGAGCUUGCAGAGCGUUUAGAUGCACUCCGUAGCAACACAGGUUCCGUUGGUCCUAUAACGGGGGCUGAUCUCGAAAGCCUGGCUGACGUUCUCAAGAGUGAAAUAACAGCUUCAUUAGCCAGCCUUAUUGAUUCUAUUGUGACGCGUUUCGUGCAUCAGCGACGUAUUAUGGGCAAGCAAUCAGAAGCGGCUGCAGCAGCUGCUGAGCAAUUAAACAAAGAUUUGAUGCGAGCUACGCGGAUGAUCGAUAGAAAAUCCCCGCCUCCUAAGGCUCCAGAGAGACAACCCGGACAAAUGUCAGGUAAUGCACCCGUCCAUCACCCGGGUGCGCCGAAUGGCGUACCGUUUAUGACAAAUAAUCCAUUAUUUAUGAGCCAUAUGAACGGCCCCCGUGCGCCAGGCGGCGCGGCGUUCCCGCUGCACCCCGAGGCGGGCGGGCCCGGCCACGGCGCUCACAUGCGACCUCCAACAGGCCUGUUCCAGACGCCGCAGAAGCCAAUGCCGUCACACUUUGGCCCGAUGAACGGACACUUCGACAGGGAUCAAAGCAUGGACUCUAUCGAACCCUUAAGUCUGGUCGUCACGCCCAAGAAAAAACGGCAUAAGGUCACUGACACGCGAAUCACGCCGCGCACCGUCAGUAGAAUCCUAGGAGAGGGCGUCGGACAAUCACCUGAAAGUAAAUUCCCCGAAUCACCGUCUCCACGGCCGUUCCCAGGAGGGAUGGCGUUACCCACAUCGGUGGCGAUACCGAAUCCGUCACUGCAUGAGAGCCAAGUGUUCUCACCGUACUCGCCAUUUUUUGGGGCGGGUGGUGGGCUAGCUCGAUCACCACCAGCGCCAGAGCGGGACUCGCCGCCGCUGCCGAACGCGCCGGCGAUGCUGCACCCGGUGCUGCUGGCUGCGGCGCACCACGGCUCGCCGGACUACCUGCGCCCGCAUCAUCCCCACGUGCCGCACCACGGCGCCGGCCCGCACCAUCCGCACAUGGACACGCAGGAUCCGCACUCCGACUGCAACUCCACUGACCUGCCUUACGACGGAGUUCAGCCUACUUCUUCAACAUUAACGCCGAUGCACCUCCGCAAGGCCAAGCUGAUGUUCUUCUGGGUGCGGUACCCGAGCUCGGCUGUCCUCAAAAUGUACUUCCCUGACAUCAAGUUCAACAAAAACAACACUGCACAGCUCGUUAAGUGGUUCUCAAACUUCAGGUGAGUUUC